UAUGGCGGCGUCCACACUGGUAAUGCGGUGACAGAACGACCGGACAAAACGGGUCAUAUCAGUUAGUGUUUUUGCUGUUACAUUCACGAAUGACACGUUUGGACAAGAAUAAAGCUGAAGGUUACAAGUACGCAUUUUCUACACGUCGUUAUCAUUAACUGCCCGGUUCUUGUCCAGCGUAUUCCACAUCAUGGCUCUACACAGGCUGUCUAUGAGACUCCGACAGACAGUGACCCAGGCACGCUCCUUUCAUGGCACCGUGUGUGGACAGCAGCUGGGGGUGCUGGUUGAAUCUGAAAUCCCAGCCAGAAGUGAACAUGCAAUCUCCAGAACCACAGAGGGGGAUCCAGCCAGUCACACGGAGCACCAUGUGGGUCAGCACUACACCCUGCCUCCCAAAGUUCUACGAUCCCUCUUCCCCCAUGGACUGCCCCCUCGAUUCCAGAUGCAGGUGAAGACGUUUAACGAGGGCAGUGUGAUGGUGCGGGAACCAGCCCUGGAGCUUAUCUCGUACCUGAAGAGAGCCAACUACACAAAGCCUGCCUUGCGCUACCUGUUCUAUGGGGAGACAGGCAGUGGGAAGACAAUGUCUAUGUGCCAUGCACUGCACUACUGUUUUAGUCAAGGCUGGCUGGUUCUACACAUACCAGAUGCGCACCUGUGGGUGAAGAACUGCAGUGAGCUUCUCCCGUCUUCCUCCCGCCCUUCUCGGUUUGACCAGCCAAUUCAGGCCUCCCAGUGGCUACGAAACUUCCGGAUUACUAACGAGCACUUCCUGUCUAAGAUAAAGACAACGCGGCGCUAUGCGUGGACUAAGAGAGAGAGCACCGAGGAGGGACGGCCACUAGGAGAGUUGGUGGAGCAGGGUGUGUCCAGAGUGAAGAGCAGCAGUGACGUGGUCGGGGCCCUGCUGAGGGAGCUGCGGCUGCAGUGUGGAGCAGGGGAGGAAGGCCAGGAGGGCUUCAGGCUGGCAGUGGCAGUGGAUGGGGUGAAUGCGCUCUGGGGGAGGACCUCACUGCGGAAGGAAGACAAAAGCCCGGUUUCCCCUGAGGAGCUGACUCUCAUCCAUAACCUGCGGAAGAUGCUCAAGAAUGACUGGAGUGGGGGGGCCAUUAUUGCCACACUAUCCAGGACAGGUUCCCUUUUCAAGCCCCGCUUAUCCUACCUGCCCCAGGAGCUUCUGGGAGAGGAGGGCUUUGACAGCUUGGACCCCUUUAUGCCCAUUGCAGUACCAGUGUACAGUGAGAAGGAGUUUGAGAGCUGCUAUCAGUACUACAUCGACCGCAACUGGUUGCAGCAUCCACACAGCCGCACCGAGGAGGGGAAGAAGGAGCUUCUCUUUCUGAGCAGCAGAAACCCAGCUGUCCUAGAGAGACUGUGUGCCUCCCUCUGAGUGAGAAAGCUGUACCUGCUUCGUCACAAGAUACAUUAUUUAACCCACAUUUACAUCAACGUCAUGCUUCAUGUUAUGUGUUUCAUAAUAAAAUGCUGUAAAAAUAAA